AUGCAACCCGGACUGAGACCGCGACUCAAGUCGCGCCCUUCUCUGGUCGAAUUGCUGUCACGAGCGAGAGACGAUCACACCAACCAGCUGUGGCCCGCGUUAGGAGGAGCUACAUCAUCCCCAUCUACGUCGCUAUCUCCACCUCAACCUCCGCCACUGUACCUGGACCGUGUGACGUCGACAGCUGGGACCACCCGAGAAGGCCCACUAAUACCAGCAGCCUCCUCCACCGCCGCGGCUGCACGAAUAGCUCUUCAACUGGACGUUGUAGCUCAAGCCUCUGUUCAACCUCUCCCAUCCUCCUCUCCUUCCAAGACACCACGACUCCCUCCAUCCUCCCACCCACUACCAACCUCGAGCUCCCUCCCGCCGACCCCCCAGCUCGUGUUGCCGAUCGAGAAUCAAGAACCUAAUCCGACUUCCAAAGCGAACGACGAGCAAGAUGGCCUGAACACGGG